AUGAAGACCAGGUCGAAUCCUGUUCGUGCACGGCCGUCCAAGUCCAAGUGUGUGACAUUCACUGGCUGCUGGACCUGCCGAUCUCGCAAAAUAAAAUGUGACGAGCGGCAGAACAACGGGUGUGCAGUGUGUGAAAAGGCUGGUUUGAAGUGCGCUGGCUACAGUGUAAACUUGUCGUGGGUGACGGGUCGGGUGCAGGACCUGCAAGGCUUGCACCGGCGAAAGGUCAAUACAGGUGGGCCAGCAUUACCGGUUAUGUCGGACCGUGAAACAAUGAGGAAACUGUCAGCCAUCAAUUCCGUCAUGACACCAUUAGACACUGUUCUCAUUGGGCCUUUUGGCGUCUUCCAGUCCAAUUGCAAUGACCCUACUCAAGGGACUUCCGAAAGCCCGGCGCCAUCCUCAGAACCAGCUGAGAGCAUUCAUGAAGGCGGAACUUCCUGUGGACAGCCCGACAAUGGGUGGGAUACAGUUGCACAGAGCCCCGACUGCACCGAUUGGGGCCUCUCGACUUCAGAGCUUCCAACCCUAAAAAGUACAACAGCUCAGGAAGAUCUCCAGAGUGACUUCUCGCAGCAACGAACUCAGCCCUGUGCAGCACUGAAGAAUGGUAGGGGCCGAGUUUGCACAUCCCAGACCACUCUGUUGGCAACAUCAGGUAAAUCAAAGGCGCACCAUUUGGCUGCUCCCUUCUUUACUCUUUCAAUGCCCAUUUUCAGAAACCAGGAAACAUCCAUGCUCAUGUUCCAUUAUAUGAAUCAUGUAGCCGAAUUGCUACAACCGGUUCUGCACUCACGAAACCCUUGGAGGACUACAUAUUUCCCUUUUGCCCUAUCAGGAUGUCCAGAGCUUGUUCUUUACCAACAAAACGCAACCGUCUCAUCGCAAAUAUCAACCUCACUAUUCCACAGUUUGCUAUCGGCUGCCGCGUUUCACCUGCGCAACGCCACUGAUAGUUCACCUAAAUUUCAUCAGCUGGGGCUUCAACACCGAAUCAAGGCGCUGCGUGCCCUGAACUCUGCGACUGUCAGACCCGGUGACCCGCAGCUGUACACCUUGCACUUAACAGCAAUACUGUCACUAGUCACAAUUGAUACCAUGACUGGAGAAGACUCCGACUUCCCAAUCCACCUCCAAGCAUGCCGCCGACUACGCCAGUCAGGCCUACCACUCAGCAUGAACAGAGGUGACUCAAGCAACCAAGUCACGAGCAUCUGCCGCUUCCUCACCCUCCUCGCACAAACAACAUGCCUCGAAAUCUCUCCCCGACUGUGGCCACCCGAUGGCCACCUUCCCGCCUCCACCCCGCCAUAUUUUCACCCCGAUGAGAGAAGCAUCGAGUACAUAUACGGAAUCACCCCCGAACUCGCUAACCUGUUGCACAAAACGUGCCGGGUCGCAGAACACCUCGCCUUCUACCGUCAGCAGGCCGGUACACUGACCCCUGCGUCUCUUCGCGCAAUGUACAAGGCACUGGGCGACGCCAUUAUGGCCUGGGUCAUUGACACGGAGCCUUUCCAUCUUAUCCAGUGGCAGGAGCGCACUAUGCUUGAGAUUGCGCGGUGCCAGGUCCGCGCGUUCCAUAGCGCGUUGCUGAUAUACUACCGCCGCACGGUGCUCGAUGGUGACGGCGUCAUUGUCGAUCUAGAUGUUGAGGCAGAGGCAAGCGCUGUCUGGGAGAACCUGACGGCGGCGGAAGACCUCAAGGACGCAUACAUGGGCGGUGUGAAGAGAACCGCGCCUAUGUCGUGGCCAGCGUUUAUCGCCACGUGUGAGACGAGGAACCGCGAGCCCUGGGUUAGGUGGUGGACCCGGGUCGAGGGGUAUGGUCUUGGGAACUUUUCACGGCAGUGGAGGGCUAUUCAGGAGGUCUGGCAUGUCAAGGAUGUGAAUGUGAAUGUGGAUAGUUGGAGAGAUGCGUUACGGCGCAUAGGGAGACUGGUCUUGCCGGUCUAGCUGAGCAGUAGAGGUAAGAGUCACUCAAGGGAGUGAUCAUCAGAGAAUAUAGCGGGUUUGUUCAUUGGAUGUAUGUUGCUUUUCAUAGGUUUAUAUAUCUUCUUAUAGCCCUGUAUCUCAUAGGAAUUCGCCUUUUGACGUUCUUUUUGAUUCAAGUUUCCUACAGUCAUUUAUUCAGAAGUUC